AUGUCUGCUCAAGCUGCCACGACGGCGCCUCCGCAUCACUCGGAACCCUCUUCUCCUUCGGACAGCACCCACGAGAACAAACAAAAUCAAGUACAGACUGCCAUCCAGGCCGACGAUGAGAUCGAGAAUCUCUCCGAUGACGAGCGGGCCGCUCUCGAAAAGUCGCUCAUCAAGAAGCUCGACUGGCAGAUCGUGCCUCUCUGUCUCUUCCUCUACCUCGCCAGUUUCCUCGACCGCACAAAUAUCGGACAAGCUCGCCUCAACGGUCUCGAAAAAGAUCUGCAUAUGAGCAAGGAUGGAAGAGACUACCGCAUCGCUCUCACCGUGCUCUACGUGCCAUACAUCAUCUUUGAGAUCCCUUCCAAUCUCCUUGUCAAGAAGGUCGGUCCAGCAAGAUGGAUCCCGUUCCUCGUGGCCUCGUGGGGCCUAGUCUCGGCUCUGCAAGGCGUCGUCACCAACAAGACGGGUCUUUACGUCAAUCGUGCUUUCCUCGGUCUCACCGAAGCUGGUAUUCUUCCUGCACUCGCGCUUUACCUGACGUUCUUUUACAAACGCGAAGAACUCGGUCUCCGACAAGCUCUCUACUUUUCCGGCGCCUCGCUGUCAGGUACCUUUGGAGGCCUCCUUGCCACAGCGAUCGGUCUCAUCAAACAUCAUCCAGGCGGAUGGGCGUGGAUCUUUAUCAUCGAAGGCCUCGUCACUGUGCUCUUCGGAAUCGCGUGCUUUUUCAUCCUACCGAACGAUAUUUCCAAGUUGUGGUGGGUCACGCCCAAGGAGCGCAAGCUGGCUUAUGCUCGUAUGGCGCCCCCUGUCAGCAGGGCUACAACCGACUCGGAGGCCACCGAUCUGCCAGCUACUGCCGAGAAGCGCGUCGCUGCCGUCGCUGACGAGGCAGCUCUCGAGUACACCGGCAAGUUCGUCUUGCGAGAGGUCCUGCGAACGUUUACCGACCCUGUCGUCCUGCUGUUCGCUGCCUCUGGAUACUCGUAUGCCACGCUUCUCUAUUCGAACGCUUUCUUCAGCCCUACUAUCAUCAAGGGACUCAACCUUGCCAAGUCGACGGCCGAGAGCCAGCUGCUCUCGGUGCCGCCCACCGCUGCCGCCUUUUUCGUGUCGGUCACUUCGGCGCUCCUCUCGGACCGAUACCGAUGGCGAUGGAUCUCGGUGGUCGCGCUCAUUAUCCUAUCGAUCGCUGGUGUAGCGUUGGCCUACGGAUCAACGGUGGCGUCGCAACGAUACGGCGGGAUCAUCUUGCUCUCUUGCGGUACCUACUCGGUGCCCCCGCUUGGUAUCAGCUGGAUGCUCAACAAUACCGCUGGACUCUACAAGCGCGCUACCAGCAUCGCCUUGUACAUCGUUUUCACAAACGCUGGCGGGAUUACAAGCACGUGGUUGUUCUACAAUAACGAGGCGCCUCGCUACAAGCGAGGGUUCCUUGUCAACCUCUGUCUCAACUGCGGAGCACUUGUGCUCGUCACGGUUGCCGAGCUGUACAUGAUCUGGGAGAACAGGGCUCGCAAGGCCGGUAAGCGAGACCACCGCGUCAACAAGUUGAAGGAACUCGGAUGGAGUGAUGCCAAGAUUCGCGAGUACCUCGGUGAUCAGCAUCCCGAGUUUGAGUACAUGCUUUAA